UGUAACUAUCAUUUAAUGCUCUACUCUUUGAAGUCAACAGUUUGUGCCAAGAUAAUGGAACAACUUGGUCAGGAUGCAGUAGAAUCCAGAAGAGUUGUUAUCAUCAGCCAGGAGAGUUUCUACAAAGAACUUUCUGAGGAGGAAGCUGAGGAAGCUAAAGUGGGAAAUUUCAACUUUGAUCAUCCAGAUGCGUUUGACUUUGAGAUGACACUUGAUACUUUAAAGAGAGCAAAAGUAGGUGAAACUGUUGAGAUACCUCUCUAUGACUCCGUCAAUGCUACAAGACAAAAAGAAUCUGUCACAAUACACCCUGCUGAUGUGAUAUUAUUUGAAGGAAUCUUAACAAUCUACUUCAAGGAACUACGUGACCUGCUUGAUAUGAAGCUUUUUGUGGAUUCAGACAGUGAUACCAGACUAUCAAGAAGAGUGUUAAGAGAUACUCAGGAACGAGGGCGAGAGCUUGAUCAAGUAUUGGCCACAUACACAAAUUUUGUAAAACCAGCAUUUGAAGAUUUUUGUCUUCCGACAAAAAAGUAUGCAGAUGUGAUAAUACCAAGAGGAUCAGAUAACACAGUGGCUAUUGCCCUCAUUGUUCAACACAUAAAAGACAUUCUGAACGGAAACAAGAGCAUUCGAUCUGAAGAUAGUCAUGAGCUUGAACGCCGUCAAAGAUGCCUCUCUGACUCAAGUAUGAAAUCAUCCAGACCUCACUGAUGACUUGAAUUUACCCCAGACAUAACCUGUCCUGAUGCUGCAUAACUUCUUGUAGCAGUUAAAAGCAUUUAUUGGAUAGAAAAAGCACAUAAAUUAACAUAAUAUUUGCUUGGUUGUGUUCUGGAAGCACUGUAAGAUAAAUGGUGAAGUGCCUUUACUUAAUAACUUAAAGCUGAGUUUGAAAUAUGCAAUUUUAAGUUAAUUCUUUUCUCUGGUUUUAAGUAGCUAGUUCUAACUUUAUCUAAUUCUAUAUAUAUUUUAAUUUUAAAGUAAAUCAAGAUCUAAUCCAAAUAGCUUGGAUAUACUCAUUUUCUUGGAAACAUCUUUGCUAUUUUAUUCUUUAAUUAGCUCUAGACAGAUUUUAAGACGCUUCUUUAAUGGUAACAUCCUAAUUUUGUGGAGUUAGUAGCCAGUGAUGCCAUGUAGCAAAAUCAAGUACACAUGUUUACUGUUGCUGUGGCAGAUCUCUUUCAAAGUGCUGUAAAUCUUGAGCCUACUUCAUGUCUUAAAAAAGAUAUAAUUACUCAUGAUUACACAUAGCAACAUGUGACAGUUUGGAGCUGCAAGAUCAUGGAAUGUUAUAUAAAAACAGUUAUCAGGCAGGCCUGAUAAUAUCAUUAAACAGUAGGGUUCCUAGGGAUCUUAAAUGACUAUUUAUGAUACUUCAAUCUACUAUUAAUUUAUUGAAGUUUGUCAGAGAAUAAUCUGAAAAUUUAGAAGACAAUUUCUACAGCAAACCUCUGUCGCUGUUAAUUAUUUCUUACAGUAUAUUAGAAUACAGGAGGUUUUUCUUCUUACAAUUUUAGUUAAAUUUUAGUUUUUACAUUUGAUGGACAAGCUAAGUGUGAAUUCAUAGGCACUGGAGAUUUGUUUCCAGGACCAAAUGUCUGGCUUUUUUUUAUAGUUGCUUUUACAAUAUACCUUACAUGUUUUUAAUCAUUUCUAAAAGAAUGAAUGACAUUUGCAUUGAGUGGCUAAUGAAGGGAUUAACACUGAUUGGAAAUUUUUUGUGGGCUUUCAUUGCACUGCGUGAGGAGGAAAAUGUCAAUUGAUAUUCUAGGUGUAUAAAUUGGGGGAUUUGUUAUAACCUGGGUUUUUUCAAUCCAGAGAUGUUACCCACCAGAUGAGGUGAAAAUUAAUGUCUGUCAGGCCCACAAAUUAAAGUUCUUGAUAUCUUUAAAACAGUGGUACUAACAAAGAUUUCGAUAACACCUAAGUGUCCAAUGUAUGAUGCCCUCCAAACCUUAAUUUUUUUUCGGUUGUGUUCUGCAUGUUCAUAAUUAUCAGCUUUCCUGUUCUUUUCCAGGCUUUUGUGUUUCUAAAGAUGACCUUCGUUCGGAGUGAUAGGUGCAUGAGUUUUUGGUGUCGAUGUUAUUGUAAAAUAUAGGUUGAAAGGUUAAUUUAUUGAGAUAGAUGAAAUAAGUACAUCGAUCAUUUAUUUUGUAUUCUUUGGUGUGAAUGUCAAUAAUGUGUGAAUAAAUUCCCAGUUAUGUUUGUA